AAGUUUCAGAAUUAGAUGCUUAGGUAUUAUUGAAAAUCAAAUUACCCGUAUUUGUUGAAAGCGCAUUGAGACAUUUGUAUUGUCAAAUGACACAAAAUUAAAGUGGUUAUAAGUUUUGGAUUUAUCUAAAUUACAACUAAAAUGUCGGUGGAAUUAGUAUCAACGCCUAAUCCUCAUUUUAUUCCGGGCUACACAGGAUUUUGUCCUCAGUACAAAUACAGAAUUGGCGAUUCUUACGGUACAACGACCCACAAAUUGCUCUUGGAUCCCACAGUUAGCCAUGCCGAAAAGCUAAUUCUCUCCGAUAGAACCGUAGAUGACUAUCAAGUCUUGAGACCGCCCCAACGAGACAUCGACAUAGUAAAUGCAAGGUCGCUGCAAGGUGAUCCUAUUUAUAAACAUCCUACCAUUCCAGGAUACGAAGGGUUCGUUCCUCGAAUUAAUGGAAUGAUGGGCCAAAGAUAUACCGUCCAGGCAACGGAAGCCUUGUCGCAAUUUCAGCAAAUGCAAAAUAAAGAUGCAGCAGCUCUACAUCAAUUAAUAAAACAGGGGCUGAUACAAGACGAUAAGUGGAAUCCUAGAAGUCUGCAAGAUCGAGAGUUGGCAACCAGCGAGUUCAAGCUACCUCUGCUGCAAGUUAGACCAGAAUGCGCAGGCAUCGUAAGAAAUUUACCAGUGGAAGAACCACCUCUCAAACCGCCCGAUCAUUCCAGUAGCCCAUAUUUCAUGGACAACUCGGAUCCGGAUAAGUAUUUAGUAAAAGGUUUCUCCGGGCCAGUUCCAUUCGGAUACGCCUCAUUUGGCCAACCAAAUCAAGCAAUGACGAAUAGUGCUCUAUGCGAUUUUACAACAAAUUACAGGAAGAGACUGAGUACCGAAUGGGCGCCAGUUUCCAUAAGUCGACCAGAUCCACCUUUACUCAUUCAACCAUCAGAAAUUUAUCAUCGGCACAUUGGCCAACUGCCAAAUUAUGCGGGACAUAUACCGGGAGCUGUGUUUAGGUUUGGUAAAACAUAUGGAAAUGACACAAGAGAUGCCAAGAGAUGGUUAAGGGGCGAUUUCAGUUGACACCGUUAUUUAUGUAUGGUAAAUUUUUUGGCAAGAAGAAAGGGUACAAAGUGUUCAUAUAAGGCAUCCUGUCUUAUGUAUUGAGAUUAAAAGUCUUUUGAUUUGUUUUUUGUUUCAAUAAUUUAUAUAGCGUAAAUGCAGAAUAGGAAUAGGCAACUAAUCAUACUUGUA